AUGAGCAUCCAAUUGAACCCCGAGCCGAAAUUGGGCACAUGGUCCUUGCGCUCUGCUCCGCCCCUUGCUUCAUUCACAUCACCGAUCUAUCCAUCCCUAAUCCGGUAUUCGGGAAAGGUGCUGCCGGUGGAUGACUCCUACGCUCAGGACCAGGCUGUGUACCACAGUGAAGCCGGAGGCAAUGACUGCUUCAUCGCUAGCAUUGCCACCAGGCAGUCGUGCCUCCUAACGUAUCUCGUCAUCUCGGCAGAUAUACGCGGAAUAAUUAUUCGCUGGCCUACUGAAAUACACUUACUACCUGGAAUUGUUGUCAUCUCCCUUGAUCUUGCCCGCAUGGCGCAUCAGUCUCAUAGCCUCCCCUGGCAGACUCUGGCCGACAACUUCAAGUUCGUGCACACGAACGCCCGCUACCACGGCCGCACAAACCUAUAUCCAUGCUUCAAGCACGGCCAAGGCAACCAGCUACAGCACUUUGCGCGCGUAUUUGCGACUCUGCUGAAUGACUUCUCCACCCAGGAACGCGCAAAAUAUCCCGCAUUUUACACUCCCCCUGAGUCCGACGAAGUCUUUAUUUCCGAUGCAUCUGUCAGCAGAAUCGCAAAGACUGUCAAAGAGUACAAAGCACAUUCCUGGCUUUAUGGGGACAUCCAUCGGCCGGAAGACUUGGCAUUACGGCCUGAGGAACGACGCAUCCAGUUUUGGAUCACGAAUAUCCAAGAUGGGUCUAGGUACCCUCCCCAAUCCGUCCAUGAAAUGCUUGAAUUGCUCAAGACGCUUCUCCUGUGGGGUGAAAUGGAUCCGUUGUUCCGACUCGCCGCGCAUUCGGAUGUGUGGCUGCCGCGUGUGUGGUCGAUCGAGACUUACGCCGACCAUGGAUGGGCCGAUGUUAAAAAUUUGGCAUUGACAGCGUACAUUUGUCUGAAUGUCUUGUAUCUGAAGCCGGAGUUGUACGACGCUACGAUGAGAGAGGAGAAGAUGAAAGACUUGAAAAAGCGAAACGAAGCCAUCCCAUCCCCGGAGCAAUUCGACUACCGACUAACAAGCUCCUACCAAGAGACUCUCGUGCGAUGUACCUGGGUACGAGGGUGUGACAAUUUCGAUGUCUGCACUUACCCUCACCGAGAGUUCUACGGGGCCCCAAGGGGAACUUACACGCAAGCUCCCUGGAAUCAGCGGGAACAGUUCGGCCGAGUCCACCCUUCCUACCUCAUCGAACACAAAUUUCAGAACAAGUAUGUCCCUGGGAAGCACGACAUUCCCAUCGUCAUCAACCUCUUGGGUAGGAAAGGCCUCCCAGCCGAGCUCGCUCUCCUGGUUCUCGACUUCGCCAAUUAUACCCCCCAACGCAGACUCCUGGUCCCCGACGAUCCAUUGCAUCCAGAGAACGGGGAACAGUUAAGGAAGUAUCUCAGCUAUUGCUGGAACCUCUUAGUGCGGACCGACAUGUUGCUCAAGGCCAAUGGAAGCUGGAUUGACUGGGAGUACGAAGUCACUGACGUUAUUCACCAGUUAUGGGGUGUUCCGUAUCCGAAGAUGUCGACGACGGUGCAUAGCUUUGAGUACAAAGGAAGAAUGGAACACGAAGUCGACCCGCACCGAACACGGCGCAUCUUUGUUAGGCCAAUGUUCAAAUAG